CCCAUCUCACCAAACCCCCCGAUCACGCACGAGGAUUGAUCCAAUGUAUUAUUCACGAGCGAAACUUCAGCAACUCAUCCCAUGCUGGACAUGGCUCCCGGUGUGAGGGCUGAUGGGCGGGCAGGGCGCCCCGGGGUGAGGGAUGCGGCCGGAGGAGAGGAGCAGGGGAGCUGCGUGAGGACCAGCCUGCGAGCCGGAGCGGCGGGGAUGCUCGUAAACGCUCUGCUGUCCGUGUCUCUGCUCCUGCUGCUCGGCCGGAGCUCCGCGGCCGCACACGAUAAAUCCACCUAUGAUGCCUCUGGCUCCUCCCCUUUACUGACUGACCCUGCAGUCGCAGGUUCUCCUGCUCGCCCGCUGGCCAGGCUGCCGGUGGCGGAGGACGCCGUCCGUUCAGAGGGCGACUCAGAGUCAAAUGGGAAACGUCAGUCGAGGCAGCCUGCUUUUUCGUCCAUCUUAACUGUGAUGGCGGGAACCGCCAAACAACAAGCGAGUCCCGAUCAAAGUAGAACCUCACCGACUAUCAGCAGGGAAGAGACCCACACCACCCAAUGGCCUUCUCGUAGUUCCAGCCGAGGCUUGGACUUGUCCUCCUCCUCGUCAUAUUUGGAAGACAGGAUCCUCCAAGCCAGCUCAGAGGCAAAGGUGGAUGAGUUAUCUGCUGGAACUUCUAAAUCCGUCGUGCUCUCGUUCCCCAAAGAAAGAGAGGCCGGUCUAGUCCCCUCUCAAUCAGACAGGAUUACACUUCCUACCGGGUCUGCUGAGGGGGCAUCUCAGGUAUCGCCGCUGACCGCACAACAGGACACCACCACGGCCUCCGUGACGCUUUCCGCAGCAACGCCGGCUUCAGCUCCCAACCCCCCCACCUCCACCACCACCACCACACCUCUCGUCAGGGUCACGACUCAGUCGACCGCCCCGACCGCACCCCAGCCCACACUCACGACCAGGAGAACCACGACCAGCACCGUCGUCAAGACUCAGUCCAACCGGAGAACGUUCACGCCACCUUUGUCGAGGACGAGCCCCCCGAGGGUGAUCCCCACCGUCUUCCUCUCCCCCUUCACCACCACCACGGAGGCUCCGCCGCAGCAGUGCAACAUCACCGAGAGACUGUGGGUGAAAACAGUUGUUUCCAUCUAUGUGAGGAGGAACAGGCUGGAUAGCAUUCAGAGGCAGAACCUGCGAAGGGGACUGAGUCAAGGCCUCAGGAAGGCUCUGAAUGACACGUCUGCCCAAGCACAGGUGGAGACUGUAUUUGGGUCUCCCAACAUGACGGUGGCUUAUCAUGUGACUGGAAGUGAUAUAGUUUACCCUCCAUCCGUGGUGAUGGAAGGCUUGGCAUCCUACGGUCGUGAUAAACUGAUUGCAGACCUGCGACAGUACCUCCCCAUGGUAACAGCCCUCCCUGUCCCCGUUACGUUGUGGCGAUCCAGCCCAGCCAACGGCUUCCAGCUGAAAACAGUGCUGCAGUUCGUUGGGCCCAGCGAUGAUCCUCGAUCUUGUCGCUUCUCCCAAAUGAUGGAACAGCGGCUUGAGAAGGUGUUCUCUGAGGCGCAGGCCAAAGCGUUUAGCAGCAAUGGCAGGCUCUCAGUUCAGAUGCUGAGCGUAUCUCAAGCAGCAGGCUCUCCUUCUGUGUCACUGGUCUACGCUGUGAAAAACAGGACUGUUUAUCUUAAUGGCACGGCUGCCUCAAACCUCCUUGGUCAGCUGUCAGCUGAACUGGUGGGCUACUUCCUCUUCUAUCCCCCACUUGUCAUUGCUGAGCCACUUGAAUAUCACAAUCUAAACACAUCCGUUGCGACCAGAGACUUGUGGGUUGUCACAGUGAUCCAGGAUGUUGAUAAUGUCAGCCUGGAGGGACACUACCAAAGCUUCGCCAGUCUAAUGGAGCAGCGACUGGCAGAGUUGUUUGUGUUGGCGGACCAGCAGGGCACUCGUUUCAGGCGAGCCACAACUGUAGGCAGCUACACCGUCCAGAUGGUGAGCAUCCGCAGAGUUUCAGGGCCCAAGAACCCGGCAGAGAUGACAUAUUACGUCCAACACAACGGCGUUCCUUUAUCUGGCACCUCAGCUGCAAAAGUCCUGAACACGGUGGAUUCCCAGAUCAUGGCACUCACCCUGGGCUACUUUGUCCAGCUGCAAGCGGAACCUGUGGUCAAGAACCCCCCUAAUAACCUUUGGAUAAUCGCUGCAGUGUUGGCCCCAAUCUCAGUGGUAACGCUCAUUAUUAUCAUUAUCACAGCUGUGCUGUGCAGGAAGAAUAAGAAUGAGUUUAAAGCUGAUGCCAUCGGUAACCUCAAUCCCCGAGCCAAGAUGCAGUAUCGGAGAGAUGUGGGCUAUUAUCAUCAGCCAGUCCAGGGCUUUGACUACGCCAAGCAGCACCUGGGCCAACAGGGGGGAGAGGAGGAGACGCUGCCUGCCAGUCAGGAUACUUUAGUCAUGUCCCUACAAAUUCGGGACACGUCUCUGUCACUAGAAAAGGCCCUGCAACAAGAUGGGACUGCCAACAAGAAAAGCCUCACUUCAGACAAACAUAAAAGCAAGUUGCCAAGUGAAGAUGGUUCCGUCAUCAGCAACGAAUCAGAGAAGCUGAAUUCCGGCAGGGGUCUGACGGUGCCGAAAGUCACAGCGCAGCAGAAACUAACAAAGGAGGAGACGCGCAGGAGGGAUGAUCCAUAUGACUCCUCCUCCGGCUCCCUGCAGCUCAUUUCCAUAAAGCCCAUGGCGGCUCAGACCAACUACUCACAUCCUCCAUCCUCUGAGCACAGCCAGGACUCAACCAUCGUCAAUGGAGAGGUCAACUUGGCGCUGAAGCAGAAAUCAGACAUCGAGCAUUACAGGAACAAGCUGAGGUUGAAGGCUAAGAAGAAAGGCUAUUAUGACUUCCCGUCUACGAACGGCAGCAGCAGCGGAGGACGAGCCCUGGCGCAGAGGCAGCGGCGCGGACAUGAGAGGGACGCCAGCGAGCACGGCAGACCUCUGGAGCCCGACGAUGAGCGAGGCUCCACUUAUGUCAAGUCACACAAGAGGCAGUCCCAGGCUGGACAGACAGCCUAUCGCAGCAGACAGAGUCUGAGCAGCCCGAGCCCUGGAGGAACAGAGAUGGACCUGCUCGUGAUGAGAGAGAGGCCCAGGAGAGGCAUCCGCAACAGCGGCUAUGAUACUGAGCCGGAGCUGAUUGAGGAAACAAAUGUUGAUCAUCUAAUGGCGCCGCUAGGAUACAUGUACGGCCGGGGAUUGAAAGGCCACUCGGAGACGUCCACUCUGAGCUCACAGCCAUCUAUUGACGAAGUGCGACAUCAGAUGCACCUACUGCUGGAGGAGGCAUUCAGCCUUGCAUCUGGGGGGCAGACGACAUCCGGAAGGCACAGCCACCACCACCAACCCCAUCCUGAGCAGUACAGCUCUGCCUCGCCUCCCCUCCCCUACGCAGACGUGGUGACCAGUGCUCCGGGCACGAUGCGCUGCGGACGGGGGGCCCUGCAGUGGGUGCCGUCUUACGGUGCUGACGUGUAUCAGUGCACCAUGCCGAAACCAGCCUUUCGCUUCACCCAGCUUCCUGAGAUGGCUCUAAGCUCUCCUCCGCCUUUACCACCUCGGACUGGGCCUCCUCCCCGGACGUCCUUAAGACGUUCCACCUCUGACUUGGGGCCUAAGGGAAGGAGUUCAGAGACAUCUGUCAGCGAAACACGGGGUCCACACGAGAACAACCCAUAUGGGCCGGCCACGAGGGCAGCACUUCCAGCUAUCACUGCAGAACAGCCUGUGUCUAACUACUCAGGAAACCCAAUAACGUCCGUCUACGCCAUCCCGGCCGCGAGGCCCGACUACUCAGAGUAUUUUGUCAGCACAUCACCCACCUCCUACCACAGUCCCUCUUGGAUGUCCUACCCACCAGAACCUGAGGAUGUAACACCACAGUGGACAGACUCUGUACCCUUGCCUGGGUAUGUCGAGGCAUUUCCUAAUCCUCGUUACCCGCAGGGGAGCUCCACCAGACUGCCUCUGCAGUAUAACCAGACACUGGAGCAGCUGCCCUCUGCCCCCAGAACAGCCUCUGAGCAAAGCCUGCCCCAGGUGCUGAAGGACAUAGACAACAUGCCCCUGAGCAGCCUCUCCACCUCUGCGCUCGUGCAGGCUAUCAGGCAGGAGGUGGCCAAGCUGGCGAAGAAGCAGAACGACAUGUCCGAGUUCUAGUUUCAGUCCCGCUCCCGUGCGCGGGGGGAGACGCUUAACUCGUCCUCAGCAAAGGCACACGGAGGCGGCCCUCCUUCAGACUGAUUUUUAAUAUUUGUACUGGCAGCAAGGCCGCCGGUCUUCUUUACAUGCUGAUUAGCCUCUUCUUAACGUCCUUUCACACACAACUGGUGUAUUUUAGCUCUUGAAUUAAUGAAUCUGAAAAGGUUAUUUUACUUCUCCACGAGAGCAGAUUUCAUUCUUUGUUAAUGACGUUAUAAGUAAUUACACACAUCUUUGUAGAUACGCAAUAUGUCAAAAGCAUUUUUUCCCCCCAGUAUUAGACAAUUUCUGCAUCAAAUGAUAACAGAGAAAUGGUAACAUUAGUGUCUGUAACUGAAAGGACCAAAUUCUGUCAGAUGGGUAAGUAUAAGUCCCGUUGUUUAUGAGCAUGUAAAGUUUAAGGACAUCAUGUAUCUAACCUCCUUUCAUAGAGAAUCGGCUUAAACAAGACGGGCUACGUUAACGUCCAUACCAUGUCAAAAUAACAUCUCAGUUUUUGAAAAUCCUUCUUUGUAAAGUUUUUUACAUCUGAAAUGUUAACAUAAUUCUAACACUAACAGUAAUGUUUCUGUUGAGCUUUUAACUGUAGCCUCCGGUUAUUAACAAAUGGACUAAACAGCCCAACCCAAUUCCAGCAUCAUAAAUGAUGUAGGUUACAGAUGAAAGUUGUGGUUUAUGCAUCUGAAACGGUUAGUUUAUUAUCAUUGCAAUAUUAAGGUGCACAUUAAGUAUGCAAACUUGUUGGCAUUGGUUGGUAGUGAAAGAGCUUUUCCUGAAACAGAAAUGGGCAGUAAUGGAUGGUAAUUAAUUUUAUUCAGCAAUAUGUUUUCCUUUUAUUGAAAAAAGGGCAGAUAAUUUAAAUAAAAAGAGUGAAAUGUUGGCCUAAUAAAAGGUUCUCUAAUGGUGUUUUCCGGGCACAAACCCCCCUGUCUGUAUGUGAAUGCCUACCUGAGUGUGCAGCACUUUUCCCAGAACUUUUUGCGAGACAAAGGUCGGUAUGAGUGUUUAACUGUCGACCGUCAGCGUGCCCUGAAAUGUCUGAUUUGUAUUAUGCAAAGUGCAUACACUAUGAAUGGUAGACAUUUAUCUAAAAAAGCUAUUUUUGUAACUUUAAAUAUGCUUAAAAGUGUACUUUAAAAGAGCCAAGCGGUUGUGAAAUAAAAACAUUGCACAUGAAUUAGACCAAAAUAAAAAAAUUUAAAAAUCUAUAUUCAUAAUUGGGAUCAAGGUUCAGUAAACUGCUGGACAGAAUACACCCUAUAUUUUACUGAAAUGUGUCUAUCGUACUUUUUAAAUUUAAAUUCCAACCCUUCUGAGAAGAAAACAGGAAAAUUGGAAACAAUGGGAUAAAUGCCAGGAGCGUUUCCGCAGGAACAUAAAAGAAGGAGGUCAGCUGCAUUUGAUGAAUAUCGGAGCAGCGAUCCAGCUGACCUCCAAGAUGACAUUAACUUAUUCCUCUUGAUGAACUGGCCUGGUGAAUUGGCCUUGUCAGUUUAUCUUAUUUAGUCUUGAAAUCAGACCGUGAUGAACCACACCAGGGACGGCAAAUGUUCUGUAUGAACCACUCAGAAAAACCUGACAGAAAUCAGAAAAUCAAUGCAAACAUAAAAGGAAUUCAUAUUUUGUUAGAAAGACUUGUAUUCAUAUAUAAGAUUGAUGUUGACUUGUUGACUUGGGAAUGGAGCGUGAGGCUGAGAGGUGCAUGCACUGUUGGUCUGUAGCAUUGGUGCUGUGAAAUGUUUGCAUUUACACUGAGAUGCUGAAGAUUGCCUAUAUUUAAUAUAUUAUUACAAAUCCCUAUGGAUAAUUUGCAAACUAUAUUAUAAUCAAUGCUGGAAAGCUGUAAGCUAUAAUGUAAGGGAGUGAAGUUGCCUUUAAAUCAUUAUUUCUUUUCAUAGAUCAGAAUUGCUUUUUCUGCAUUCCUGGUAAAUCUAUCCUUUUAAUCUUACCUUGACUCCAUUUUUUGUUGUUGUUGUUAUUUUUUAUACUCUUGACUUAAUGUGUAAGUAUGUACAAGCAAAUACUAUAUCUCCCAGUCAUCAAGGAUUUUGGCAUCGCUGGUUUUCCAAUGAUUCAUAAUCAUUAUUCAGAGGAACAUUUGUCUCUAAAGAACUGUAGUGAAUCGGAGAAAUCACUUUUGUGCAUACCAGAACAACAAUUUUCUCAUGCUGGAUAACUGAAAUAAUGAAUAAAAAGAUUUGAAGGGAUUUAUUGGUUUUGAGAAAUGUUGAGAAUUCAUUCUACACAAUGAAAUAUAAAGAG